AAAAUUUGUGCCCAUUCUAGUAAAAUUCUCUGAAGUAAAAGGUUGUGUCGCUUCCAGCAAGGCGUCUAGAAUUAUUGUGGCUAUUUUAGCAAAUCCAGAGAAUUAAAAAAAUAAAUUUCAUUAAUAUUAUAAAGACAAACCUAGAAAGGCGUUAAUUUGGUGUUCUCUUUUAAUCGUCUCGAAGUUUAAUGAGUCGCCGACAUGGCGGACGACGAGCAGUUUUCACUUUGUUGGAAUAAUUUCAACAGCAAUUUAUCGGCUGGAUUUCAUGAAUCAUUAUGCCGAGGCGAUUUAGUCGAUGUUACAUUGGCGGCCGAGGGUCAAUUUGUAAAGGCACAUCGGCUUGUUUUGUCCGUAUGUUCGCCAUAUUUCCGCAAAAUGUUUACCCAAAUGCCAGCCAAUCAACAUGCAUUCGUGUUUUUAAAAGAUGUUAGCCAUUCAGCUUUAAAAGAUCUAAUACAGUUUAUGUACUGUGGAGAGGUAAAUGUGAAACAAGAGGCGUUGCCAGCAUUUAUCAGUACAGCUGAGGCCCUGCAGAUUAAAGGACUCACAGACAGUGAUCCCGCGCCUGCACAAUCUCCGGCCAAGCCAUCCACACCAGCGCCCCAACCAGCGCCGCCCGCCCAAACAAUAACUCAAGCUAUUACACCUCCGCGUGUAAGACAGCGAAACAGUACAAGUCGGUCAUAUAGAAUUGAAACUGAUGAUUCAGAUGACAAGAGUACCCAAAUUGUUUUGCAAGCAACCCCCGUUCAACAGCAACAACAACAACAGCAGCAACAACAACAAACACAACAACCUACCAUAGUACAACAAACUACCACCACCACAGCGAUAGUAAGUCAGAAGAGAACGGCACCCCGCAGUAUAAGCACCCCCCAUACAAAACGAGUAAAGAACACGAUCGAUCCGCUUGAGGCAUCUGAACCGACACAGAUUACCGUUCAAACAGUUACCGAAAGCAAAUCGACCAGCGAUGCUGAAUUCAUUGACUUGCCCAUUGAGAUGCCGACCAAAUCUGAACCUGAUUAUUCUGAAGAAACCGGAGAGGUUGAGACUGCCGAGCAAGAUGCAACAUAUGUUGAAGAUGAUUCAUAUGGUGAUAUGAAAUACGACGAGAGCUAUUUUACGGAACAAGAGGAAGCGGGUGCAGCGACGGGCGGUGCUGGUGGAGCUACUACUUCAACGGCAGUCGUCAAACAGUCAUUCGUUGAUAAUUCAUAUGUGGAACAGGCGGAUCAAUCAGCAAACGAAGCACAGGUGAAACGAGAAAGAGACGAAUGUAUCAAAAGUACUUAUAAUUCUCUUCGAUCCGCAUUUAAAUCUGAAGAUGUUAAAGAUGAAUUAUAUGAAUCACCAGCUGUCUUUGGAAUAACGAAGAAAAACCGCCCCAUGGUAUUAAUCGGAAAUCAUAAGUUUAUAUUUUACAAGCCUCGCAAAGAAAUCGGCGGUGAUACUUGGAGAUGUUCAAAAUAUCAUAGUGCUAAAAAGAAAGCACAAGUACAAACUCGUGCAAAGGGAACGCGAGUGCAGACUGCAGCAAAAAAGCAGCAAGUGCCAAUUGAUGCAGAAAAAAAUAAUGUGCAAACUACUCCAGAAAUAGAUCAAACUCAAAUUGAUGCAGCGAAUGAACAGAUAGCAGCAUGGAUGUCAUAUGGAGCUUUUGAUACAAAAGUUUUUAAUACAUCAACAAUUGUUACUAGAGCUUCUAUUGCAAGAGCUUCUGUUUCGAAAACCACUAACGAUAACGAUUCUGAUACGGAAACCUCUGAUAAGGAGGAUUCUGACGGGAAGGGUUUUGAUAUGGUAACUUCUGAUAGCGAGUCUAUAGCUUCUGAUGCGAGUUAUUCUCGAAAAAUAUCUAAGAAAACGAUAAAUAAAAGAAGAAGAUCUGCAAAAGAGAAAAUAUUACUUCCUGUUGAGUGUCCAUAUAAACAACAUUUGAAGAUGACAGUUAAUGAUGAAUUAUAUGAAUCCCCAGCUGUGUUUGGAAUAACGAAGAAAAACCGCCCCAUGGUAUUAAUCGGAAAUCAUAAGUUUAUAUUUUACAAGCCUCGCAAAGAAAUCGGCGGCGAUACUUGGAGAUGUUCAAAAUAUAAUAGUGCUAGAAAGAAAAAUCAAGUACAAACUCGUGCAAAGAGAAAGCCAGUGCAGAUUGAAUCAAAAAAGCAGCAAGUGCCAACUGAUGCAGAAAAAGAGAAUGUGCAAACUACUCCAGAAAUAGAUCAAACUCAAAUUGAUGCAGCCAACGAACAGAUAGCAGCAUGGAUGUCAUAUGGAGCUUUUGAUACAAAAGUUUUUAAUACAUCAACAAUUGUUACUAGAGCUUCUAUUGCAAGAGCUUCUGUUUCGAAAACCACCAAUGAUAACCAUUCUGAUACGGAAACCUCUGAUAAGGAGGAUUGUGACGGGGAGGGUUUUGAUAUGGUAACUUCUGAUAGUGAGUCUAUAGCUUCUGAUGCGAGUUAUCCUAGAAAAAUAUCUAAGAAGACAAUAAAUAAGAGAAGGAGAGCUAGGAGAUCUGCUAAAGAGAAAGUAUCACUUCCUGUUGAGUGCCCAUAUAAACAACAUUUGAAGAUGAGAGAAAAACUAAUGAAAAAUGUUGAUCCAAAUCGAAAGAUUAUUAGAAAACAAUAUCCAGAUGAAGCAUACAAUAUUGUUGCAAAACUUGAUACUACUAAAUCGGGUCGACCAAUGUUAAUUGCUGAAGGCCUAUUUUUUUAUUUUGUUAAAAUCCAAGUCGAUGGUGUUGAUAUUUGGAAAUGUCAAAAAUAUAAUAAAUCAGAAAACUGUAAAGCAAGGGCUUAUACAAAAAUUAUCAAUAAUGAAUUAAGAUGCCGGCUUGGAGCUAUUCACAGUCAUGAUUUAACUGAAGAAAUGAUAGCAGCCGCUGCCUUGAGGGCUCCCCCUCCAAAGAUUACUCGUUCAAAGAGAACAAGGACUCCUCCUCCUCCAAAGAGAACUCAACUAGUGGGUGAGACAGCAAUUGAAACAUAUAGGAAGUUGAGAGAACAAGGUUUGAAAAUAAUACAACGAAAACGGAAAACUACCCAAGCUUAUAUUGUCAAAACUUAUCCAGAUGAAGCAUAUAAUAAAGUUGGAAUAUUGAGUUCCAGUUCUUCUGGAAAAUGUUAUCCGAAGUUAAUCGUGGACAACCAUACUUUUCUAUUUGCUAAAUCCAAUACAGUUGGUUUAACAUUUCGUUGCACAACAAAUUACAAUAUAACAAGAAUAGCUUGUAAAGUCUUGGUUUAUACAAAAAUCAUCGAUAAUGAAAUUAAAUGUCGUAUUGUUAACGAACACACUCAUGAUCUUCUACCAACAAAAGAAACUGAAUGAUUGAUUGAUCAUUUGGAAACUUAAAUUUAAACAUUUUUGCACUUAACAGUAUUUUGAUCAUUAAUUUUGUAUUAUGUAUUUUUUUUUUUUCAUUUUGUUCUUCCUAAUAAAUAAAUAAAUGUUUAAAAAAAAAAACAGAUCUUCCCACAUAAGCUUCUUAUUGUAAAAAGUUACCUUAAGAAAUGUCUAAAAACUUAAACUAUCAUAACUACAAGUUUUCCCCUACAGAUUGUUCAAAUAAGAAAAUUAUCGUUAAAUGUAAAAUGCCAUUGGGCACGUUCAGGAAAUAUUAGGGACUAGAUAUUUAGGCAACGUGAGUUUCUGAACGGAAAUUUGAGUAAAUUGACUAAAUUAUUUUGGAUAUGAUGCUAUUGUCAAAUUUCGAAAUUUACUUAAGUAUUUUAUCGAUCGCAUGGGGAAGACACCAAAUUUAACUUAACUUCAAUGAAUAAAUAAUAUUAAUUAUAACCGAUAAUGCACUUUUUACUCGUUUUUCACACAAAUAAAUUUAAUUUUGCUAAAUUAAUUCUUUAAUUAAAAACAAUCUGUUGUCAUGUUGACAAAAAAAAAACUUUCCUACAUUUUUAGGGAAAAAUUUCUUGCCUUACUUUCCAGUUAGCUUUCCAAUAAAAUUACCUUAAUUGGAAAGAUUUUUGUUGACAGCUGACCAAUCAGAGACCGAAUACCUAAAUAUUUAGUGCCUAACGUUUCUGAACCUGCCCAAUGGAAACAUGUUAGCAAAGCCAAACUAAUUAAAAACUUUUCAAUCAAAAGUUUUUCUCUUUUAAGUCUUUAAUUUUUCAUAUUUAAUUUCUUAUUUUAUUUAUUAAUUUUUAACUUAUUUAUUUUAUUAACCUCAGAUCAAAUCGAUGAGUAUAUUGAUGCACAAGCUUUUCUUGAUAAGACAACUCUUAUCGAAACGGAAGCUUCU